CGGGCGGCGGGAGGGCAUGUCCCUCUGUCCCGCGCGCAGGUGGCGGCGGCGCCGGUGACGGUGGCGGCGGUGCCGCCCCGGCUCUCCGUAACUCCCGCGGGCCAUGGCCGGCUCUACGCCGCGGGGGCCCGAAUCGUGCCGCAACCGCCGCUAAGGAGAAGCCGCCGUGAUGAGGAAGAGCCGUUCCCGGGGGGACAAAGCGGCGGCACCGCCGCCGCCGCCGCGGAGGGAACCCGGGCGGGCGGUGGCCGCCAGCGCGGCUGAGAGAAGAGCUACUCUGCUGGGGGGCGGCGGCAGGAAGGAUCCGGAGGACGCCAGGGCCGCGGGGGCGCCUUGCCGGGAGGCGCUGGAGAGGGAGAUGAUAACAGAGUCCACUCCAUUACGUUGCAGGAAGCUCAGCAAUCCUGACAUCUUUUCAUCUGCUGGCAAAACCAAGCUCCAUCGUCAGCUAAGUCAAGAUGACUGCAAGCUACGGAGAGGUAGUUUGGCAAGUUCUCUGUCAGGAAAACAGCUGCUUCCUUUAUCAAAUAGUGUCCUCAGUGGAGUGGGACAGACAAUAUGGCAGCCACCUGGAGAUACCUCAAACCUGGUCCGCAUGAGAAAUCAGUCUCUAGGACAAUCUGCUCCUUCACUUACUGCUGGUUUGAAGGAGCUCAGUCUCCCCAGAAGAGGAAGCUUCUGUCGGACAAGCAACAGAAAGAGUUUGAUUGUAACAUCCAGCACAUCUCCGACUCUCCCACGACCACAUUCCCCUCUUCAUGGACAUACAGGUAGCAGCCCUUUGGACAGUCCCAGGAACUUCUCUCCAAAUGCACCUGCUCAUUUUUCCUUUGUUCCUGCCCGAAGCCACGGACACAGAGCAGACAGAACGGAUGGACGCCGCUGGUCUUUGGCGUCCCUUCCUUCAUCUGGAUAUGGAACAAACACUCCCAGUUCAACAGUUUCAUCAUCAUGCUCAUCUCAGGAGAAGCUGCACCAGCUGCCCUUUCAGCCCACGGCAGAUGAACUUCAUUUCCUGACAAAGCAUUUCAGUACUGAGAGCAUCACCGAUGAGGAAGGGCGCCAUUCUCCAGCCUUGAGGCCUCGAUCUCGCAGUCUCAGCCCGGGUCGCUCCCCAAUUUCCUUUGACAGUGAAAUAAUAAUGAUGAACCAUGUGUACAAAGAAAGGUUUCCAAAGGCUACGGCACAGAUGGAAGAACGGCUGGCUGAGUUUAUUGCCUCUAAUGCUCCAGAGAAUGUGCUGCAAUUAGCCGAUGGGGUCCUAAGUUUCAUCCACCAUCAAGUUAUUGAACUGGCCAGAGAUUGUCUGGAUAAAUCACGUGAAGGUCUUAUCACUUCUCGGUACUUUUAUGAGCUGCAGGAAAACUUGGAGAAACUUCUUCAGGAUGCCCACGAGCGAUCCGAGAGCUCUGAGGUUGCCUUUGUUACCCAACUGGUGAAGAAGUUGAUGAUUAUCAUUGCACGACCAGCUCGGCUGCUUGAGUGUCUGGAGUUUGAUCCGGAAGAGUUCUACCACUUGUUAGAAGCUGCAGAAGGCCAUGCCAAGGAAGGGCAAGGAAUUAAAUGUGACAUUCCUCGUUAUAUUAUCAGCCAGCUGGGACUCACCAGGGAUCCCCUGGAGGAAAUGGCCCAGCUGAAUAGCUAUGACAGCCCAGACACUCCUGAGACAGAUGAUUCAGUCGAGAGCCGUGGAGCCUCUGUCCAGUCAAAGAAAACUCCAUCUGAAGAAGAGUUUGAAACAAUUAAACUGAUCAGUAAUGGUGCUUAUGGAGCGGUGUAUUUGGUACGACACAAGACCACCCGGCAGCGUUUUGCCAUGAAGAAGAUCAACAAACAGAACCUCAUUUUGAGAAACCAGAUCCAGCAGGCUUUUGUGGAGAGAGAUAUCUUGACAUUUGCUGAGAACCCCUUUGUGGUCAGCAUGUUCUGCUCCUUUGAGACCAAGCGCCAUCUAUGUAUGGUUAUGGAGUAUGUGGAAGGAGGUGAUUGUGCUACACUUCUCAAGAACAUUGGUGCCCUACCCGUUGAUAUGGCAAGGAUGUAUUUUGCAGAGACUGUUCUGGCAUUGGAGUACCUACACAAUUAUGGGAUUGUUCACCGUGACCUAAAACCUGAUAAUCUCCUGAUCACUUCCAUGGGUCACAUUAAACUAACUGACUUUGGACUGUCUAAAAUUGGGUUAAUGAGUCUUACAACUAAUCUCUAUGAGGGACACAUUGAGAAGGAUACUAGGGAAUUCCUGGAUAAGCAGGUCUGUGGGACUCCAGAGUACAUUGCACCAGAAGUGAUCCUGCGCCAGGGCUAUGGGAAGCCCGUGGACUGGUGGGCCAUGGGAGUUAUCCUGUAUGAGUUUCUAGUUGGCUGUGUUCCUUUCUUUGGGGACACACCUGAAGAGCUGUUUGGACAAGUGAUCAGUGAUGAAAUUGCCUGGCCAGAAGGUGAUGAUGCACUGCCACCAGAUGCCCAGGACCUCAUUUCUAAGCUUCUCCGCCAAAAUCCUCUGGAAAGAAUGGGAACAGGUAGCGCCUUUGAAGUGAAACAGCAUCGGUUCUUUAAGGAUUUGGACUGGAACGGAUUACUCCGACAGAAAGCUGAAUUCAUCCCACAAUUGGAAUCUGAGGAUGACACAAGCUAUUUUGACACCCGUUCAGAACGGUACCAGCACCUGGAUUCAGAAGAAGAGGAGGACACUAAUGAUGAUGAUCAUGUGGAAAUCCGACAGUUUUCCUCAUGCUCUCCCAGGUUCAGCAAGGUGUACAGCAGCAUGGAACGCCUUUCUAUCCAUGAAGAGAGAAAGACUCCACCACCAACUAAGCGGAGCCUGAGUGAAGAAAAAGAUGACAGACUGGACAGCCUUGGUGGCUUGAAGAGUCGAGACCGCAGCUGGGUGAUUGGAUCUCCUGAAGUCCUGCGUAAGCGCUUGUCCAUGUCUGAGUCGUCGCACACGGAGAGCGACUCCAGCCCGCCCCUGACAGUCCGCCGGCGCUGCUCAGGCCUUCUCGACAUGCCUCGGUUUGCCAUCUCCACUGAGGACGAGGGAGCUGUCCUCAAAAGGCCGCAGUCCGAGGGCAUGCUGCUAUCCACUGUGCAAUCACGGGAGGGGCUGCCGGUGCCCAUUCCAGAACAGCCUGUGGAGCAGGAGCUGCAGCUGGAAGGUGAUGCUGGACCUACCACCCCCUCCACGGCUCCCAGCAGCACCUCAACACUGGCAGCUGGGAGCGCUGCAGAUUUCUCUGAUCCACGAGCUCGCAGUAAUAGCAAUGAAGGCCCAGACUUUACCACUCCAAAAGCCAUCAGCGAUUUGGCAGUGCGGCGGGCACGACACAGGUUGCUCUCUGGGGAAUCAGGGGAGAAACGUACCUCAAGACCUGUCAAUAAAGUGAUUAAAUCAGCAUCCGCUACUGCCUUGUCUCUCCUGAUUCCCUCAGAUCACCACACGUGUUCUCCAUUGGCCAGUCCAAUGUCACCUCAUUCUCUAUCCUCCAACCCAUCUUCGAGGGACUCCUCACCUAGCCGCGACUUUUCUCCUGCUAUCGCAAACCUGAAGCCACCAAUCAUCAUCCAUCGGGCUGGAAAGAAAUAUGGUUUCACUCUGCGUGCCAUUCGUGUCUACAUGGGUGACAGUGAUAUCUACACUGUGCAUCACAUGGUCUGGCACGUGGAGGAAGGCGGUCCAGCGAACGAAGCAGGUCUGCGUGAAGGGGAUCUGAUAACCCAUGUCAACGGGGAGCCAGUCCAUGGGCUGGUGCACACAGAAGUGGUGGAGCUGAUUCUGAAGAGUGGAAAUAAAGUGUCCAUCUCCACCACACCAUUUGAGAACACGUCCAUCAAAGUUGGUCCAGCUCGAAAAGCCAGCUACAAAUCCAAGAUGGCUCGUAGGAACAAGAAGAGCAAAACGAAGGAUGGUCAGGAAAGUAAGAAGAAGAGUUCUUUGUUGAGGAAGAUCACUAAACAAGCAUCACUGCUUCACACCAGCCGGAGUUUAUCUUCACUAAACCGCUCCCUGUCUUCUGGAGAAAGUGUGCCUGGCUCUCCAACUCACAACCUGUCUCCUCGGUCACCUACGCAGAGUUACAGAUCCACUCCUGAGUCUGUACACUCAGUUGGUGGCAAUUCUUCCCAGAGCAGCUCUCCCAGUUCCAGUGUUCCCAAUUCUCCAGCCAGCUCUGGACACAUCCGACCCAGCUCUCUGCAUGGACUGGCACCAAAGCUUCAGAGGCAGUACAGGUCUCCCAGGCGUAAAUCUGCAGGAAACAUCCCUCUGUCACCACUAGCUCACACUCCCUCACCCACCCCACAGUCCACAUCACCACAGCGCUCCCCAUCUCCUCUACCAGGACACUCAGUUGGCAGCUCCAGUAUCAUCCAGUCUUUUCCAGUAAAACUACACUCCUCUCCACCACUGGUGAGACAGAUUUCCCGCCCCAAAAGUGCUGAGCCCCCCAGGUCUCCUUUACUAAAGAGAGUGCAGUCAGCUGAGAAACUGGCUGCCUCGCUGUCCUCUUCUGAGAAGAAGCUGGCUUCCUCACGCAAGCAUAGCUUGGAUAUCUCUCACUCGGAGUUUAAGAAGGAGAUGCUGCAGAGGGACCCUAGUCUCCAGAGCUUACAAGAGUCUGUGAACGAAACAACAGGUGGCAAAGUUGGGCUAGCAGAAAAAGGGAUGUUGCAGAAGCCAGGUGCACGGAAGUUGGGUGCUAUUCGACAGGACAGGGUGGAGAGGAGGGAGUCUCUGCAAAAGCAAGAGGCCAUCAGAGAAGUAGAUUCUUCUGAAGAUGAAACAGAUGAUGGUUCAGAAGACAGUCAGGAUGGUAGAAGAGUGGACAAGCCCCCUGAUAGUGGAGACCAAGGCUCAGAUUCUUUCAAUGAGGAUAAUAAAUUUCCAUCUAAGUUGGAAAGCAAGGAUAGUAUUGAGGAUGAUGCCUUCCUACCUGAAGAUCCAAAAGGUACAGAACAUUUGCAGAAGGGAAAUCAUCAACAAGCCAAAUCUGUUUCAGAAUCACUGCAAAUCACUGUGCACCCUUCCCCAUCCGAGGUCCUCCCAAGAACUUCUCCAGAAAAAUUAGCUAAUUCAGAAAAGCCAUUCCUAGGAUUAGAAACAACUGCAAAGGAACUUAAAUUGCCAGAAAACAAAACACCAGAGUGUUUUGGUCCAAAAGACAAGUCCUCUGAAGCAAUCCAAGACCUGGGGCGAACUGCAAGUACUCAGAAACUGCUAGAUCGCACAGAACAUACGCAGUGCCCGUCUAUCAAACUCCUGGAACUUGAAGAAGGUGACUCUUCAGGGGCCUCGUGUGGUAAGCCUGACCUGAAAGACCCUCUCCUAACAGAAAGCAGUCAGAAAAAACAGGAUUCCAAACCUCUGCUGGCACUUUCUUCAUGGUGCACUGCAAAUGUGAGCACUCCUCUCUCAGUAAGCCCCACGAAUCUCAGUGAGAAGGAUCACAAGGGGACGCUUCAGCCUGCAGGACAGCACAGCCCCUCAUUUCUUUCUCCUGGAAGUGCAAGUGAAGUGCUCCAAAAAAGUCCUAGUACUGAGAAGCAACCCAUCUCGUCCCAGGCAGAAAGUGCUUCCACCGUCAGCAAAACAAGCCCAUCAGGUCCUGUGUCAUCCACACUCCUUGUCCCCGGUGCUACUGAAAGAGCUCUCUCCGUGUCUCAGUUAGUGCCACUAGCUCAGAGCGUGUUAGGCCCUUUGAAGCUCAGUAAGUCUGCUUCCGGAGAGGUGGAAAAGGCAAAGGAUUUUCCCCAUUUUGGUGCCUCCUGUAAAGAGGAGAGAGAUUCAAAACAAAAAAGACAGGAAACCUCACAAACAGGAGCAUGUCAUGAGAAAGCCAAACCGUCUAGCACAGACGGUCUGACCACAAGGAGCAGAUCCUGCACAGAGUCGUUAAACUUAGCAAAGCCCUGGGAGGCAACGUGUCCCAUGGUGGCAAAAAAGGAGGCAACUUCCUGCAGUGCUAAAGCAUCUGAAGUGUUGGGAGGCAGCUGCAAAAUCACUCCAUCGAAAGAGAUGUCUCAUGCUCUUGGACCAGCAGCUCUGAAAGCCUCUCCUCUGCCAGAUGGCAGCACGAGGCCCUGUAAAGAAGGGACUCUGGCACAAGCGAAAAGCAAAGAGGUUGGAAACCAGUUAAAACCACAAGACUUUCCCCUGUCACACGAUGGUGCUGUAAAGAAAACAUAGCAGCAUCCCUGGUACACAUGGACUGGAGCAAUCGACCUUGAAAAUAGAGACUGCAUGUUUGAAUUUUGUAAUAUACACUAAUAUAAAAUAGAACUUGUGUACAUCUAUUUUUGGGAGGGUUUUUUUCAUACUGUUUUUUGUGUUUUUUCAUCCUUGCUAUUCUAUUUUUGUACACAGUAAUGCUUGCCGUUUGAGGUCUCUUUAGAACAGGGUAUCUUGAAAACAGGGCUUAAGAAGCAGUUUGUUGAUCUAUUAUGUUUUGGGUUGUUUUGGUUGUUUGGUUUUUUUUUUUUGUUUGUUUUCACUGACCUUUUAUGUUGCCUGAGUUUAGGUCCCGUUUCGUUCUUCCCUCUAAACCCUGCAGUUAUUUGAGAUCCUAACAAUUCUGAGUGUGAAAAAGGCAACUGACUUCAAAAUCUCUGCUUUUCAACCUUCUCUUCGAAAUGCCGUUGAAACUCCCAAAUUUCAAGCAUUUUCUUUCAGUUUACAAUCUGAUGUCCUUUGACAAGUAAAAGGAGUUACUGUCUUGCCUCCAGGUUAUUCUGGAGCUCAGACCCGCUUUGUGUGCACAUUCACAGCCCUGCACAUGUCCUUAGAAGAUAGGGAGGCAAGGGACUGGGCCAGAGGGUUGCACAGGGAGCAGUUCCUGUCUUCUCUUUAAAACAAUUAAAGCUAUUUUCCAAUAGAAGUAUCAGAAAGAGAAAUCUCCAAUCUAUAAGCUGCUUUUUUGGGGGGAAUUGGUUUUAUUUAUCUUUUAUGGGACAUGUGACAAGUUUUCCUUGUUCUUAAAAUUGUAAUGAUGUUUUAUCUUCCUUUAGCUGGCUUCAAUUCAUAACUUGCCCUGCCUCAGGAUAAAUGACCCCAGGAGAGGGGGGGGGGGCUUGGUGUUUGAUUUUAAAGCAGAGAAAAUCACAGCAAAGUUAUGAUAAAAAGCAAUGAUAAAUGACCUCUAGAGACUUUUCCUUCUCUUGGUGAGUCUAAAUAGGUAGGGAUUUUAAGGUGUUCCUAACGUUUCUGAAUUGGGGCUUGGGAAACUUGCCCAGUUUUCUGAAUCUGCCUGUUUUAAAAACAACAACAACAACAAAACUAUGAAGAGUUCUGAUUCCUCGAGUUCUGUGGAAGAGCUGCAAGCAGACUUCAAAACACGUGAUAUUUUAAGAUUUCAGCUUUGAAAGAUCAUUUCCACUGCUGAGGUCACUUUCCAUUAAAAAAAAGUAACUCUUUGCUCUUAGGUUUAGACAUUGCUUUGCUUUAAGUGUGACCAACUCUGGACAGCAGUGCUCUUUACUGAGGAUUGCAAGGAUUGCAUCAAUAAUAAUACACCAAUAAAUGCUACGAGUGGUGAUACCUAUAGCACUGUAAGCCAUUUCUUCAUCCAGUUAAAGCUUCUUCUCGAUGAACACUCCCUUCAUUUGUCCCAGAUUGUGCUCAGCUUUUACUCUAGUCUUGUCUUGAGCGUACCUCCCUGUGGAUCACCCACAAGAUCCUAGUAUCCUGCUCACUGGCUUACUCCCUUGGCAGCAGAAUGACUGUGCAACAGCGUUGCAAGCUAAAACCUGCCUCUGUUGGUCUGAUUUCAUUGUACUGCUGACACCUUCACUAUCCUGGCUUUUUCUGAACUCCAAGUUUUGAUUUGCUUCCCUGAAAUGCAGGUUUGUUUUUCUAUGGGAAUAUAUCUUCUUCAUCUCUUUCAAUGUGAUUUCAGUUGAAUCCACAGAAAUCUCUGAAACCUCACCCUGCUUCUGUCUGUAUAACCAUUAUUUCCUCCCCAUUAUAUACUUGAUUUUGGCUGCUUGGAUUUCAUUUGUGGACCAAGUUUUGGUUUGGUUUGAGUUGGGUUUUUUUAUGACAUGUUUAAAUGAGUGUUUACUCCGUGUGUCUGUGUGAACUCCUAUGGUGGUGUUGAUAUACUAACCAAAGCCUCAUAUGCUCCCAGGUAACACAUUAAUAAACCUUUGUGUGAUGGUUUAGA